AAAAAGAUCAAGCAAUACCAAUCUAUCCCUAUACAGAACGAAGAGACGAAGAAUAGGGAGCAAUUCUACAAUAAACAUAAAUGUCGAGGGGAACAAACGGAAAUUCAUAUCACCAGAUAGGGGGAGGAGGCCAACAACCCCAUUUCCCGAGGUCCGCUGGACACCAAAAAAAGCGCAUCGACGUCCCGUCAGACAUUUUAAAAGAAAAUUAUUUAAAGAAACAACAAAUGAGAUUGAUAAACUGACUUUACUGGAAGGGUUACUACCCAAUGUAUUAAUGUAUGCGGAAAAACACAACAUUUCUGCUGAACUUACAAUGGCAUUUAAAGCAAUGGCAAAUGAACAAUUGCCAGGUGACAAUAUUGCAAUGCAUUUAUUCUUCGACGUUGUGCGCUGGUUUUCAUUGGAUAACGCUCACAAAAUGUCAUACAGUCCAUUGUCACUGACCUUCUGGAAAGUUGGGUCGCGACUCUUUCAUGGAAAGUUCAUGAGGUUUAUGCGAGGACAAAAACUUGGAGGGACACUUCUGUCUGGAAACUCUGAAAAGGGGAAACUCGAUCCACAAACUUCUCAAAUAAAUUUUGCCGUACCUAAUGAUUCCACACUAUCUUCCUUUACUGGGUUCGACUCAAACAUUCCAAAGUUUCUCAAACCAGGCAUCAUCAACGAAGCCAUACCUAUGGCCAAACCCGAUAAAACUUAUGUUCUAAGUGUGGAUGGUAAAAAGCUUGCAUCUGGAUUGACAGAAUCUCAUGGCGAUAUUGAUUUGUUCGGUCACGAGGAUGGAAAAUCUCUUGAGGAACUUCAAAGUAGAAUAAAAUCCGAGAUAAAUCGUGCAAUAGAUGUAUCUAAUCAAAUCAAGAACAGGGAAAAUCAAGAUGCUGACGGCCUCAAAGAAUUUAUAAAGAUAGUAUCCACCCGAAUCAGAGAGCUUAGAGAACUUAGCUUGAAACAGUCAUUUGCAUUAAAGAAGUUCAAGGACAAGGGUGGAGAAGAUUGGAAAAAGGGGCCAUUGGUAUUUGUAAUUAGCAGCAUUACAGCUCAUUUACACGAGGUCAAAAAUGCAGUAAAAGAAUUGCUUGAAUUAAAUGAUGG